AUGUCAGAGAUCGAAGACAAAAAGAGAGGCAAUGAGGCUAUUGCCGCUGACGCCGGGCCAGAAAGCACCUUAGAUAGCCAUCUGGACAAAAAACCCAAAGUUAUGGGACCAGAAGGGAUAAGUGAAACUGAUGUUGGCAUUACAAAGUUUCUUACUGACAACGUGCCUGGGUUUCUUGGCCAAAUCAAACAAAGAUACACUGAUUUCAUGGUGAAUGAAAUUGACAAGCAAGGAAAUGUUGUGUACUUGACAGAUAAAGGAUUCAAGAUGCCAAAAGCCCCCAAGAAAUCUAAAGAAGAAGAGACAGAAGAGGAACUAGCAGAAGCUGAAAGGCGCAAACAGUUCAAGGUCGAUGAGGAUCUUAGAGCGCAACUGGUGGAGCUGCUAGGUGAAGAGGAUGUGGAAAAAAUUGAGGACUCGUACAAGAACGUCACGAAGAUGGAGACCUCAAGGAAGUUUGACGGUAAGGCAGAGCGUACCAAGAUACAUCAGCUGCUUCGCGCUGCUUUCAAUAACCAGCUCGAGUCCGUAACAUCGCCUGAAAACACCUUUCUCAUAGCGUUGGCUAACCGCAGGUCUCGUGUUAACAAAAAGGACUUAGUAGAGAGGAACAAAGACGCCAACGGAGUCGAGAAUUGGGGAUACGGUCCAUCCAAGAGCUUUAUUCACUUCACCAUGUAUAAGGAGAAUAAAGACACCAUGGACGUGGCAAACGUAUUGUCCAAAUUUCUGAAGACCCCAACAAGGUUGAUUAGGUUCGCGGGCACCAAAGACCGCAGGGCAAUUACGUGUCAACGUAUGUCGAUUUCCAAGAUUAACAUUGACAGACUCAACGCUCUCAACAGGGCACUGAAAGGGGUUGUCCUUGGCGGUUUUAAGUUUGAAGAUGAGUCUUUAAGCUUGGGAGACCUGAGGGGUAACGAGUUCACCAUCGCUAUUCGUGAUGUCAAGGUUCCUGAGGUCUCUACAGUAUCUUUGGAGCAAAUAUUAGCCGAUGGAUGCGCGUUUAUCAAAGAAAAUGGUUUCAUUAACUACUUUGGGAUGCAGAGAUUUGGUACCUUCAGUGUGUCCACGCAUGAAGUCGGGAAAUGUCUCUUACUAGAGCAGUGGGAGAAGGCCGCAAACCUCAUUUUGGCAGAGCAGGAGAACGUUUUGCCAAUUUCCAAAGAGGCAAGAAAGAUAUGGUCUGAAACAAAGGACCCUGCGGCUGCUUUAAAGAGGAUGCCUCGUCAGUGUGUGGCGGAGAACGCUAUCCUUCAUUCUUUGGCAGACCAAGCCAGAAAUGGUGAUUCUGCCGGUAACUACUUGCACUGCAUCAACAAGAUACCUAGAAACCUACGAACAAUGUAUGGCCACGCUUACCAAAGUUACGUGUGGAACACGGUCACAAGCAAAAGGAUCGAACUCUAUGGUCUCAAAGUUGUCGCAGGCGAUCUGGUGAUCGACGAAAGCGCACAGCAAGGCUCAAAAGCCGGCAAUGCCUCAGGAGACGCCGAUGCUGAUGAAGAAGACGACUUUGCUGAGGAUUUGCGUGAAGCACAAUUUGUCAGGGCCAGACCCGUUACUCAAGAGGAGGUGGAUGCUGGGAAGUUCAGUAUUGAGGAUGUUGUGCUGCCGUCGCCAGGUUUCGACGUAGUUUACCCAGCCAACGAGUCUCUACGCCAAAUCUACGUGGACGUAAUGAAUAAGGACGGACUGGACCCUUUCAACAUGAGAAGGAAAAUUCGUGACUUUUCACUUGCUGGUUCUUACAGAAACAUCAUCCACAAGCCUCAAGACCUAAGCUUCAAAAUCCUGCAUUAUUCUUCUCCUACUCAACAGCUCAUCAACACUGACCUUGAGAUUUUAAACAACAAAAAGGGCAAGGAAAAUGGCCAGAAAUACAUGAAAGACAAACUGUCACGUUUCCCAGAAGACAAGGGAGGUGAGAGUACUGCUGUGAUUUUGUCUUUCAAGCUUGGUGUGUCCGCUUACGCGACUAUGCUCUUGCGUGAGUUGAUGAAACUUGAGACAUCCCGUCGUGGGGACAUGUGUGAUGUUAAAACCCACUCCGAACAGGCGAACUGA